GUGACGUGUUAUUAUUGUACGUGCGGUAAAGUUUCCCCCCGUAGCAUUUCAACAGCUUGCUGGCAUAAAACGCAUUGUUUUUGAGCUUCGCAUCAUUAAUAAAAAAUGCCUUGUGGUAAAAAUUUUAGAAGGAGAAGGGACUCAUCUGAUGAAGAAGAGGAGGAUAAUGAGACAGCAGAAGAAGUCAGGUCAAAAUUAGAGGAGGCAAAAGAACUUCAGAGUUUGAGGAAACGGCAGACCGGAGUCAGUAUAACCGCCCUAUUGGUUGGAGAGAAACUUCCACCAGAAGCUGAAAUAGAUAAUGAUCCAUUCAAACUGAAGACUGGGGGGGUUGUGGACAUGAAGAAAGUGAAAGACAGGAACAGAGACAUGACAGAAGAUGAGACAGACCUGAACCUGGGCACAUCUUUCUCAGCUGAGACUAACAGAAGAGAUGAGGAUGCAGACAUGAUGAAAUAUAUCGAGACUGAGUUAAAAAAGAAGAAGGGCUUGGUGGAGGCUGAAGAACAGAAAGUCAAGGUGAAAAAUGCAGAAGACCACCUCUAUGAGCUGCCUGAGAGCAUCAAUGUCAACUCAGCCAAGAAGACCGAAGAGAUGUUAUCUAACCAGAUGUUGAGUGGAAUCCCUGAAGUUGACCUAGGCAUCGAUGCAAAGAUCAAAAACAUAAUUCAGACAGAAGAAGCAAAAGCCAAACUGUUGGCAGAACAAAGAAACAAAAAGAAAGACCAAGGCACAUCAUUCGUUCCAACAAACAUUGCUGUGAAUUAUGUCCAACACAACCGCUUUUAUCAUGAGGAUGUUAACGCACCACAGAGGCAUCACAGACACAAAGAAGAACCUAAAGCAAGACCGCUUCGGGUUGGAGAUACAGAGAAACCUGGACCAGAAGUUCCGUCACCACCCAACCACCGCAAACGUCCAAACAAUGAAAAAGCCACAGAUGACUACCACUAUGAGAAGUUCAAGAAGAUGAACCGAAGAUAUUAGCAUGGAAAUAACCGACAUGGCGUCAUCUUUCUCCACACUGAGUCAUAACCUAGUUACCUAAAGAGUAAUGACAGCAGCUCUCCCAUUGCCAGUGUUGUACCCCUUAACUAUUGUAAAAAAAAAAAAACA